UGUGCGCUCAAACUUUUCUGCAAGUUGAGUUGACCAACUGAGCAUUAUGAGUACGACAGUGUCGUUGAAAGGUUGUUGAAUACAUAGCUUUUCCGUGUAUUAUUUUCAACUUGUAUAAGUAGUUGAAAAUGUGUGUUUAGGAUAUGAAGAUCCAAUGUUGAAAUUACGGCAAGAGUUCUACGACAUUUUGUUUCUGACCCAAUGGAACUUUACUGUGUGCAAGGAAGAAGGCAUCGACCGUUCGUGAUUCUCGUGUUUUUCUUCUUUGUAGUAUGCUUGGUGUCAACGGCGCCUAUUUCGGACUUGACUCGGCGGAUAAGCGACGAAUGUGAUUGGUUUGGCAGCGGCCUAGAGGAUACGUCUUCACCCACUAUUGGAGUACAGUCUGUGUACUUGCGAUGCAGAGAAGGAAAAAUUCGCUGGGAAUAUCCACGUGGUGCUCUGAGGGUUGUCCUGCGCAUCGGACACUUCCACAAGGAUUUCCAAGGAUGCCUGAAGGUGUCUGCCAAUUCUUCUGGCGCCAGCCUCUACCUAGAGGGGCACAAGAAAUUGCAUCUCCUGUACAGGAACAACAAUUCUGUGAACAGCCAACAAUGCUUCAGAUCUAUCGGUGGGCAUGUGGCUCUGUUUCUCGAAGCGCAUGCACCUAGCGAAUUGCUCAAGAAAGAUUUGUUUGAACUAAUGUACGAUUUGGAACCCAUACAACCGAAGUCAUUUUCAGAAUGCCGUCCCUGCACAGAUAGAGAGCUGAUAUACGCCUUCUGCACCAGCGAUUUUGUUGCUCGGGGUUCUAUCUUCAGUUUACACCAAAAUGAACAUUUCCAAAGAACUGAACUGACAAUAACAGCCAGCGAAAUCAUCAGGGAUUCCGUACCCAGAGUUUUUAGUGAGGGUUUGUCACCCCUCAAUAAAAAGAUUGCGUGGAAAGGCGUUGUGCAUCGGCCCCAACAUUGCGGUACCAAAACGGGGUCGGGCGAGUUCAUCUUUUUCGGCAGGUGGAGAUUAGGAGAUCCUAUUUUGAGGUGCGCUCCACGAUGGACUGAGUGGAAGAAAGUACGGAGGAAAGCCACUUUCUCUGAAAAUGUGGACUGCGUGCUGGAAUGAUUUCAUAGAUUCUAUAGUCAAAAGUUUCAGUUGUCUUUGAUAUAGAUCUAUGAUUCUCAGUAUUCAACUAGUCGCCAUUCAGUCCACGAAAUGUAGUAAUCGUUGAUUUUAUCUUUAUAAAUUUUUAUUAUAUAUAUAUAAAAAAAGAAUGUUUGUUAAAAGAAUGUAUAUAUUUUUAAUUUUGUACUUUUAAACGAGAGUUGUGGUAAAUGCAUAAAUAAAUGACAUUUACUUUUUAUUUUUUUAAAAUAGAAUAAAAUAUGUAAAAGUCCCUUUCCAACGGCCCGUGUAUGUUUUGAGACAGGCACAUUUUGCCCUCUUGGGGUUUUCCGGUGUUCUUUGAUGUCUUUUCAUUUUACCGACCAUUUGCGGGAAGCUCCGGAUCGACGUCCAUAGGCGGGGGUGGUCCUACAAUGGAUCAGUUUGCAGAUUUACGACCAUAACCUUAAAGACAACAAGCCGUCGGAACGGGACUUGAAAUAUGUUACAAAUACUUUUAUAUCAAGCAACAUGCAAUUUCUUAUAAUGUAUCCCCAAAAACAUAUAUCCUAGAUAUUAAAUUUUGUUUUAUAUGUUUUAGUGCAAUUUGAUUGUGUGAUAAUGUUUAAAAGCCAAUCACAGAAUAAUUGUUACAAAUAUUGGGAAGUAAAUUUAUCGGAAAAGGAGACAUAUGAUGGCAUGCCAAACGAAUUCUCGAAAACUGCAAGUUUUAUUACUCAGUCUUUUCUCAUCCCUUUCAUCAUUAAUAUACACACGCUUAGUUUUUUGAAUCCCAUAUACUACAGGUCUAAGUUUAUUAUUAUUAGACCUUCAGCUCGUCUGAUGGAAGGAAGAUUAUAUUUUUAGUUUUAAAAUAUUAGCUGUUGGGAAUUGUCACUACAUAGACAACGGGAAAAAAUUGAAUUCGAUGCAAAUUGAUUUAAUUCUAAUGUAAUUCAUUCAAGCUAGACAAAGGAGGUUAAAAACUGCAAAGUAUAUGAAAUUUCAAAGCAGCAACUAUACUUAUUUAAUGUGUACAUUUUAAACUCAGGAAAUAAGUUAAACGACUAUGAUAAAAACAAUUGCUCAGAUUUGUGCCAAAGUUGUGACUGUUCGUCACGAGGUAUUUGAAUGUAUAGUUUUAUUCAAUCGGAAGCAUUAAACUAGAAAAUAACGCACAAUUCAUGAAAUGCAAUAGCAAGAGGAAAAGUAUUUUAUAUUAUUUAUCUGUUUAUAUAUUUAAAAAUGAUAAAUGAUUUGUAUAUAUAAAGAGUGUUAAACACAUCACAGAACCAUUAAUCAACGUUAUGUGUUCGGAUAAUAGCUUUUGUUGUUAUAUAUCCUAACUCUUUUAACCUAAAGUUGCCAAACUUGGUAGUGUAUACUUUAGGGUGUGGAAAUGUGUACAUCAGAGCUUUUUUUCUCCCUUGGAAUUAAUAAAAAAUUGAAAUUUUGACGUUUUUGUACGAUACUUCAGAUGAUAUUACAUAAAAAAAAUUUCUUUCUUAAAAUUCAAAAAAUAAUCUUUUCAAUGAUAUUUUAUAUUUUCUUACCGUAAAAAAAAAUAUUUUACGAUAUCAAUUUUAAAAAAAUAUUCUAAGCAUAUCUUCCAACAGAAUUGUAAGAAUUCUGAACAAAUAUUAAACAAAUCACAAACAAUAAUACAAAAAAAAAAAAAAAAAAACCUAAGAAUUGUGGAAAACAAUCAAAAUUGUUGAAAAAAGUCACUGUUGUAGAUAUUUUCUCGUUUUUUACCCGAUUAUCUUUCCUAUUCUUAACAGAAAUCUAUUAUUGGAAAAGCGGGUUUUAUGAAAUCAAGCGGUAUACUUGCUUAAAUCUCUUGAAGAAUCUGUAAAAGAUUCUUAUUAAUAUGAAGUAAAAAUGCCAAAUUUUAUAUAUUGUUUUAAAUUACAUUGUUAUAAUAUAUCCAUUUAUUUUUAAUGAAUUUUGAAGAAUAAAGCUGACAAAAAAAAAUAAUAAUAAUAAGGAAAGUGCAUAGUAAAACAGAGCGGCGUGAGGCUUCUAAUAAAUAAAAUAUAUUUUAUUUAUUACUAUUAUUAUAUAUCUUUAAAAAAAUGACUUUUUUCACAUUUAUUUUAAUAUUAAACAAAAAAUAUUAAAAUAAUUAGUUUAAAAAGCAUGCAUGUUAAAUUAAAAACCUAUUAAAAUAUAUUAAAUUGAUCAGUUUAUUAAAUGAAAGCUUAUUGAUGUGCAUUACCCAAGGUCGCAAAAUGUCUGAAUACGGCUCCGAAUUGAAUACGUUGUAAAAAGUGUAUUAUUUUCAACUCUUUAUUAUCCUAGUACACUGUUUAGCAAGGGUUGCAUAUAAGAAUUUAGUAUCUAUUCAAACUUCAAAAAGUUCGAAUCCUGGCUGUUUUCUUAAAUUUUAUAAGCUCUGAUAUUACAAAAGUUAUUUAAUAAAUAAUAAUCCAUUAUAUUUGGAAUUGUAUUUUUAUUUCAAUUUUCAAAUUGUACUGAUCAUAUUUGAUCUUAAUUUUUACGUGUAUCUUU